AUGGCCGCAAACGGAAUUCCCCCUACUGCUCUCGAUAAAGAACAGAUAUUUGGAAUGGCUGAAAAAGAGAUGGAGUAUAGAGUCGAAUUGUUCAACAAGAUGACCCAGACCUGUUUCAACAAGUGUGUUGACAAUAAGUACAAGGAGUCUGAGCUAAAUAUGGGUGAAAAUAGUUGUAUUGAUCGCUGUGUUUCCAAAUACUGGCAUGUGACUAAUCUAAUCGGUCAGCUGCUUGGUACUGGGAAGCCUCAAUGA